AUGUCGUCCUGCCGCCGCGUGGCGCUGGUCACCGGAGCCAACAAGGGCAUUGGCUUCGCCAUCGUGCGCGACCUGUGCCGGCAGUUCUCUGGGGACGUGGUGCUCACCCCGCGUGACGAGGCGCGGGGCCGGGCAGCGGUGCAGCAGCUGCAGGCAGAGGGCCUGAGCCCGCGCUUCCAUCCGCUGGACAUCGACGACAUGCAGAGCAUCCGCGCCCUGCGCGACUUCCUGCGCAGGGAGUACGGGGGACUGCUGGUCAACAACGCAGGCAUCGCCUUUAAGAUGGCUGAUCCGACCCCCUUUCAUAUUCAAGCAGAAGUGACAAUGAAAACAAAUUUUUUUGGUACCCGAGAUGUCUGCACAGAGCUACUCCCUCUCAUGAAACCCCAAGGCAGAGUGGUUAACGUAUCCAGCAUGUUGAGUCUGGUGAACCUUAAACGCUGCAGCCCAGAGCUGCAGCAGAAGUUUCGAAGUGAGACCAUCACGGAGGAGGAGCUGGUGGGGCUCAUGAACAAGUUUGUGGAAGACGCAAAGAACGGAGUCCAUCAGAAAGAAGGCUGGCCCAAUUCUGCCUAUGGAGUGUCCAAGAUCGGCGUCACUGUCCUGUCCAGAAUCCACGCCUGGAAACUCAGUGAGCAGAGGGGAGGAGACAAGAUCCUGCUAAAUGCCUGCUGCCCAGGGUGGGUGAGAACCGACAUGGCAGGACCCUCAGCCACUAAAAGCCCAGAAGAAGGGGCUGAGACCCCUGUGUAUUUGGCCCUUUUGCCCCCAGAGGCAGAGGGGCCUCAUGGGCAGUUUGUUGAGGAUAAAAAAAUUAAUCAGUGGUGAGCUCAAGUCAGGCUUCCAUCAUUGUCCCCAUUUUUUGUCCUGUCCUGAUGUGACCCAAAGGACAUUUAUGCUUUCAAAAAUAUCCUUAUGUAUAUUUUUUUAAAAAUAGGCAUCCUUAUCAAGUGCUGAGGUCUCACAUGCCACAGUUCCAGUAGGGCGCUCACUCAGUCACCACUAAUUCUCUGGGGUCUUUUCUGAUUCUGUUCUG